CUCUCUCCCUCCCGUUACUCACCGGUCACUGACCACGUCCAACUUCUGCAGCCCGUCAGUCAUGCUUUCAUACUCCAGAAGUUUCCAGCCAUUUCGCCCUCAACCGGAGAACUUCUCUGGUCUCGCUCUCUCCCUCCCUCCCUCCCUCUCCCACUCCGUUUCAUUUCCUUUGCCGACCGGAGCGAUCGAGUAACGGAAGAGUAAUGCGGAAGGAAACUAAACGCAUCACCGAAACCUUCUUUUUGUUCUUUCUCUUGCUCGCUUAUUUCUCGGCGGACUUGGCUUCCGUUUUUCGGUUCUCCAAUGAUCCAGGGGCAGACGAGUUUCUUAACGCAGCUUUCUCAGGAGACCUUCCGCUUAUCAGGAGGCUGGCUCGUGCGCUUGAGAAGCCAGUAGAAUCCGUUCGGGACGAUAAUGGCCGGACCGCUUUCCAUUACGCUGCAGUUGGGGGUAAGACCCAUGUCUGCAGGUUUUUCCUUGACAAAUUGAAAGUCGCUGUUGACAUCAGGGAUGGAUCAGGCGAGACCCCCUUGCACCAUGCAAUUUUAGGCGAUAACUACUCUACCGUAGUGUACCUUCUUGACAAUAAUGCUGAUCCAAAUGCCGCAGCUGCUGAUCACGGGGACUUUAGGCCGUUGCAUUAUGCUGCUUCAAGAGGAUUCAAGAAACUGGCGCUCCUUCUGUUGUCAAAAGGUGCUCAUGUUGAUGCAAAAUCUUUUAUGGGCGCCCCAUUGCAUUUUGCAGCUCAAGAUAAAGCAAUGGUUUCAACAUUAUUAAAUCACAAGGCCAAUCCUAAUAUGGUUGUCUUUGAUGCAUUUUCUCCACUGAUGAUGGCGAUUUCCCUGCAAUCUUUCGACUGUGUGAAGCUACUACUGAAGGGUGGAGCAGAUCCAAACUUAACUCCAAGCCUAACCAAGCUUGGAAUGACUCCUCUGGGUUCUGCUGUCAUGGAGGGUACCACAGAGAUCAUCAAGCUGUUGUUACAAGCAGGAGCAGAUCCUAACAAGACUGAUGUGUAUGGAUUGAUACCAAUUGAGAUAGCUGCUAUACUUAAAAAUUGCUCCGAGGCUGCUGAGGUACUGUUCCCACUCACCUCACCUAAUCCCAAGGUGCGCAAUUGGAGCUUUGAUGGGAUAAAAGAGUACGUGAAUUCUGUAGGUCAUAUCAUAGAGAGAGAUAUGAUAAAUCAGGAACGUUUUCUAAUGUUCAAAUCAAAGGGGAAAGACGCAGUCAACCGUAAGGAUUAUGCUGAAGCCAUGGUUUGGUACAGUAUGGCCAACGAUAUGGCACCUACUGAUGCAGCUGUGUUGUCGAAUCGUAGCCUAUGUUGGGCACGUUUGAAGGUAGGUGAGGAAGCUCUAAAUGAUGCACGGGAAUGCUUGAAACUGAGUCCCAACUGGUCUAAGGCAUACUACAGGGCUGGCAUAGCCUGGAACUUGCUCAAAGAUUUUCAGAAAGCAGCUGAUAUGUUUGCUGCUGGACUUCAGUUAGACCCUGAGAACAAAGAGCUUCGCGGCGCUUUCAGAGAAGCUUUAGCAGCAGCAGGAGCUCGAGCGAACAAUCGUAGACUGUUUUAAUAUUGGAUCAGCCUGCUUUCUGACUUGGAACUAGAACUGGAAGUAGUAGCCUGGAAUUGGUUCCAACUUUUGCGUUCAUUAUCUCGUUUCUCUAACUGCUAAACUGGUGCGAGUCAGCGCUCAGGUAGUGUUUUACCUGUAUUUUGGUGUGCCUGCGUCCCAGACUAAUGGCAGUGGUAUGUAUAUGCGGGACGCUGCUGUAACGCUGUAAAGUGAACGUGGUGAAAUCCCUACUAGUCUACUACAGUCUAGGAGCUAACAACGGUUAGUUGCUCUGAACGUGGGAGCAGUUAUGUUGAAGACUCUUUACUUAGCGGAAGCCUGAACCGUACAAAUCAAAAUCUGAUGUAUGUUAUAAUUAUUCAGCUGACGUCAAAAUAUUUAUAUUAUUUAUUCGAUGUACUUGAGCGCACAAUCAGAGGUAAACCGAAUAGUUUUCACGGUUGUACAUGGAAUUUGAUGAACCACCUCAAUUUGAGUGGUCUUACGGUUCAUCCUCUUAACCACAAAAUUUUUGAAAACAAAGG